GCUCCGAAACUGGAUCCUGCCACGGCUGCGGGGAAGAGCCGGCAGUCUCCCUGCGCAGGGACGCACGGAGGAUAUUAGUUUCUUCAUUGUAUUUAUUUUAUAUGCAUCCUGCCGUCUUUCUUCCGCUAUUUGUGGUGAAAGCUGUCGCCCGCCCAAGGAAUUCUCCAGGGAAAAGGGAAAAUUUUGAAAUCCCCUUGCGGAGGCCGUGUGUGAUGAGGAGGAAGAGGAGGAGAAUAACCUCGCCGUGAGCUGGAGACCUCUUUAAAAUAGAGUUUUGCUUCGGCGUCGUGCCCAGCUCGGUCUGUCCUCCUGAACCCCCCGUCCCUCCGCCCACCCCUCUUCUGCCAAGAUGAUGCUCAAUUCGGACCAGACCGACAUCGACCUGCCCCCGACACACUCCGAGUCCGAAUCCGUCUUCAGCGACUGCGGCCGCGCGGGCGGCCCGGAGGACGCUGGCGGCGUCGGCUUGUGCGCCCAGUCCCGGGUAGCCGAAGCAGGUGAGGCCGUGAAGAAAGACCUGCAGCACCUGAGUCGGGAGGAACGUCGGCGCCGGCGCCGAGCCACGGCCAAAUACCGGACAGCCCACGCCACGCGGGAGCGCAUCCGCGUCGAAGCCUUCAACAUGGCCUUCGCCGAGCUGCGGAAGCUGCUGCCCACCCUGCCGCCCGACAAGAAGCUCUCCAAGAUCGAGAUCCUGCGCCUGGCCAUCUGCUACAUCUCCUACCUGAACCACGUGCUGGACGUCUGAGCCGCCCGCCCGCCGUCCGGCUGUCUGUCUCUGCCACAUCUCCUACCUGACCGAGAGCUCGGGUCCGUCUGUCCGUCCACGACCUGAACCGCGUGUCGGCCAUCCGAAAUGCUGUGCCUGCGUCCAUCCGUCUCUUCAAAUGGACCGAGCCCCCGGCUGUCUGCUCUACCCCCUGUCUGAACUAUCUCCCCGCCGCCAAGCCCGCGUCCGUCUGUCUUUCCAUCCCGCCGGAGUUCAGGUUGGAUGUUUGGUCCAUCAGCCAUCUGUCCGUCCUGCUGGAUCUGCUGCCCGUGGAUGCUCCCGACUUCUGUCCUUCCUUCUGCUGUGCAUCCCGCUCGUCCUCCUCCUGAUCCUACGGGAUCCCGAGCCCGCAUCCCUCAGUCCAUCCGCCCCAUCCUGACCCACAACAGGAGCCGCUGAGCCCAAGUUCUGUCUGGGCGUCACCUCUUUUCUAUGAGCCUCCCCCAAAAAUGGACCUGGGAAGCCCUGCAGCACCAAGCAGCCCCCGGGGGCUUGUCUGUCCGUCCGUCUGUCUGCACCUUCUGCCACCAGCCGCCCCCCCAGCCCGGCCAGGCUGGGCCUUUUGUCUCUUUGCCCCUGCUCUGCCCCUGCCGUCGUGCUGGGCGCCUCAAGGCCCACGUCGGGAGCAUCCUCUCGGCAGAGGGAGCAGAGCCCGGGAGCAUCCUUGGGCACAGAGCGGCUCUUCUGCGCUUGCCCGGGCUUUUGGCCCCCCGCAAGAAAGCACCAAGGGCGGUGCGGAGCUGGCAGGACCCGGCCACGCUCUCCAUGGACGGCAGCGGCGGGUUCCAGAGACGGUGCUCGCUCACGGGCGCCGGCCCCACUCCCGUGCCAGGCUGGGGCAGCCCCCGGGGUGUCCCCGAGCCCCUCCGUUGCUGGUCACCCCGAACCUCAGCGCUCUGCUCCCCAGGCUUUGCUGCCCGACCCCCCUUUGCACUAGUGGACAAUGAGUGUGAAACCCUCCCCGGUGACACCGACGGCCGUGACCACCCUGGGGCACCCGCCUGGCAGCGCUUCACCCCGCCACUCCUCCUCUGUCCCCCCCCAGCUGGGUUCUCCUGGUGAAAAAGGCUCGAGUGGGGACACAAGGGUGGCACAUACCCCAGCAUGGGGGGGGACACCGACACCCGGCUU